AUGAAACUCAGUCAACUCUUAAGAUGGUCAACAACAGACGGUAAACAUCUUAUAAUGAGAUUAUUUUAUUUCACAUACAUCCCAAUUAUUUUGAUUUUAGGUUAUAAAUCAAUGAACAUUUAGGCAUUAUUCCCUCAAUUAGCAUCUAAAUAAUGAUAGGUUAUUUGAUAUUUAUGAUCUAUAUGCAAAUUAAAUAUGUCUACAUCAUCAUUA